GAGCUGGAACUUAUACGGUAUAUCACUAAGCUUAAAAAGCAAGGUCUCCCUCCCAGGGAGAUAAUUAGAAUUUUCUUAUCGGCAGUAGCUGAUCAUCAGCUUAGUGAGAGCUGGGUUACUCGCUUUAUUAACCGACAUAAACUCCAUCUUAUCUCGAAGUAG